AUGUCCAUUGACGCUGCCGCUGUAGGAGUGUUGAUGAAUAAACCUUACCCCGACGCUUGUGCCCUGAUAGAGGACAUGGCCCAAAACCACGCCCAAUGGGGAAUAGAACGAGCGACAGUAGAGAAAAAAGAGAGCCAUGGAGGAAAGCAUGAGAUGAGUUGCAUGGACAUGAUGAAUGCUAAGAUGGACGCCUUGGCCUUAAAAUUCGAGACCAUGUCUCAAAAUCCUACCACAGUGGCAGCAAUCCAAUCGGAGUGCGAACUUUGUGGAACUCAAGGACAUCAAACCAUUGACUGUAACCUUUUGAACGACACUAGCUCAUACCAAGUUAACUAUACCCAAGGGAACCCUUUCUUGAAUACCUACAAUCAUGGAUGGAGGAACCACCCAAAUUUCUCUUACAAAAAUAAUAACCCCAUCCAAAAUUCCGGAUCUUCGAGACCCCAAGGAUUCCAAACACAAAAACAAAACCAACCUAUGCAAGUUGUGCCACCAAUACCAAACCUUAAAGAAACCAUAGACACCUUUAUUCAGAAUAAAACUCAGCAAAAUAAGGAGUUUAUGAAUCAACACAUUCACACAAACGAAUUAGUUACUCAACUGGCAACCAACCUGAGAAGUGGAACCGCUUAUGAAGGACCUAGAAAUCCUAACCUAAGCACAUCAGAAAAAUCUAAGGAAGAUGCUGAACCGAAGGACCAAGUAGAGGAACCAGAGGUAGAGAAUCGCACACCACAACCUUACAAGCCACCUAUCCCGUUCCCACAAAGGUUGAAAAACACCAAAAUAGAAAACCAAUUCCAAAAGUUCAUUAAGGUAAUAGAGAAACUCCACGUAGAAAUCCCUUUUACUGAGGCAAUAACCCAGAUACCAUCAUAUGCUAAGUUCUUGAAGGAUAUUUUGUCCAACAAACGGCGAAUCGACGAUCCAAAACCCUUAGAAUGUCAUUCCAUAUCCGAGAAUAAACUUGCCAAGAAAGACAAAGAUCCUGGAAGUUUUUCUAUCCCUUGCAUCCUAGGAAAUCAUAUGAUAGACAAAGCAUUUUUAGACCUAGAAGCAAGCGUAAGUUUGAUGCCUUUGGUCGUCUGUAAGAGGUUAAAACUAGGAGAACUUCAACCUAAUAAGAUGUCAUUACAACUAACCGAUAGAUCUGUCAAAUACCCUAUGGGUAUUUUAGAAGACAUACCUGUCAAAAUUGGUUAG